AUGGACGUUUUCAGACAAGCCCAGAGUCGGUUCCGUCUGGCCUUGUCAGCAGAAGAGCAGGCCCAAUAUGGGCCCUGUGACUCUGUUGAGCAGCUUCUUACUGAUGUUAGACAGUUCAGUCUGUUAGCCAAAGGCAACCGGCGACUCUCUGACUGCAUGCUGAAAAUCAAAACCUUUUCGGAGAAUCUUGAGCCAUAUUUAGGUCUCAUUGCCAUGAUUUGCGGAUCUCACGCUGGGCGGACUGAUGCAACUUUUGGCACACUGAGGCUCGUCCUCCAGAUGGCGAGCUCCUACGGUAGCUUCUUUGAGAAACUCUGCGAUGCCCUUGACAAACUGGACGCAAGGUUUCCGCGGUACCAGGAGCUUUAUGAGAAGCUUAGCUCGCGGAAGGCCGGGUCAGUGGGACCAACGCUAACAAAUGCGCUGGGGAAAACCUACGACUUGUUAUUCGAGUUCUUUCAGAGUGUCGCGGGGCUCUUUUCGCGACCAAACGGCAGGACAAGGCACACUUUUUCUACCGUUGCUUCUCUUGCCCGGGAGCCAUUUGAUGUCCGUUUUAAAGGAAUCCUGGAGAAAAUUAGCUUCUACCACAAUCUGGUCAAGGAAGAAAUAGAGACGGAAAGAGUAGAAGAGAUACAAGACGAUCUGGUCAAACUGAAAGCAGCUGCGGCAGAACAAGCUACAGAGAAAUUACAAAACACACUCCUCGAGAAGUUGAAGGAGAUUCAAGCAGGCCAAGCACCCAACAAAGCCCAGUUGACUCUUUUACAGAGUCUUCUUGUUGAUGGAUUCUCCCGUCAAGCAACACUUGAAUCACAAAAUCGCCUACUUAAUUUACUGUCUCAGUUCACGAACCACGAGGAUGCCCGGAUACAAGCUGAAUUUAAAUCCUCUGUAAUUCGAUGGAUUGACCCGCCCGAUUACAAGGAAAACCUCUGCGAUGCGCAAGAUGAGCGCACUGAUGGAACUGCGGAAUGGAUCUUUGAUAACCCCGCGUUUAUCCAGUGGCAGCGUGGAUUACCAGAACAGGACUCUCCGUCAACAUCAAAUUCGCCCAGCUCACUUCUAUGGAUCAAUGGAAAGCCGGGCUCAGGAAAAACCGUGCUCGCUGGCUCCAUUGUGGAAGAGCUCCGACGGAAACAAAAAAACCGGGCUAUGGACUCGGCGGUUUGUUACUAUUUCUUCAACCAAAACAUGGGCAAGAAGAAUAACCAUGUCGACACUUAUCGUGCUAUCCUGGCGCAGUUGUUCCGCCACUGCCACGAGAUGGACAAAGUUUACGACAUCUUCGCCAUGAUAAAGAUGAGCAUUGCCAGCGACAUUCGAGCAUCGGAGCAUGAAUUAGUCGAUACAAUACACUUAUGCCUUAAAGAAGUUCCAAGAUCCCAUUUCAUUCUGGAUGGCAUUGACGAAUGCUCAAAUGACACCAAGCUGCUGAAAAAUAUUAGGAUCUGGUGUGAAACAACACCAGUCAAGACUAUUCUGCUCAGUCGGCCAGACGUCUCAAGCUUGAGGAAGGCAAUCUCGCCGGCUUCAACCAUCACUAUGAUAUAUUCGGAAUUAGGCAGAGAUAUCUGCCGGUAUCUGACCCCCGAGUUCGAUGACUUUCGAGACGAGGGCCUUUUACCAAAGGAUGCAGAUAUAGAAAUGUUGGCAAGUCAUCUCGUAAAACGAGCCGAGGGUAUGUUCCUUUGGGCUCGCGUGAUGAUCGAAUACUUGGCCUCCCCAGCUUUGAGUAAGAGGCAACGACUGGAGAUCAUCAUGGAAGACACACCGGGAGGUCUUGAUCGUCUUGAAGAUCUCUAUUGUAGGAUUCAAGACCGGAUUGAUGCUCUUGACGGACCAAGCAGACAAAUAGCCCAUAAAGCGCUAGUAUGGAUAGCUCAUACUCGACUCACACUCCCUGAGCUCAGCGAAGCAAUCAUCGAUGAAGAUUGGGGGUCUGAUCGCGAGGAAGACUCGAAUCAUUUUGAGCACGCUGUCAUUGUGUCUUGCCGCGGGAUCAUCGAAAAGAGGCCUAACGGGAUAUUCAGGUAUAUUCAUUUAACAGCAAGGGAGUUUGCUCAGAAUGGGCCUCAGAGAUCUGCUCGACAGCCUUUGAUCCCCCAUAUUCAUUCUGCCAGGGCGCAGAUUGCUCAAUAUUGCGUCGGAUACUUCAACAAGCGAAUACCUGCAAAUCCACUAUCAGGACAGCUGGGAGUGACUGCUGAUUUCAAGAUCAUCAAUGAGAGAUGGCCCUUACUGGGAUUUGCCUCACGGAACUGGAUAGACUUCACGCUUGACGUCCUUUAUACACACGAAGCUGAAUUAUCUGACAGCGGAAUGGAUAGUCUUCAUACCGAGAUCAACACCUUUUUGCAAAACCGAUUCUUCGUCAUGGUUUGGAUUGAGGCUCUUUACACAUUGUGUCCGAGUGGGCUUUUUCAAUCGUUAGAGAGAACACAAACCGACAUGGACCAAAUGCAGUUGACGAAACUGGCACCAAACUGGCAAGAAUGCUGCCAAAACUUGAAGGAGCUGAUCCACGACGUUUGUCAAAUACAUCUGAACUGGGGUGAAACUCUGACAGACACACCAUGCGAAGUCUGGGGCGACGUUGGUAUCUUCCAGAAAAGCAAGUUCUUGGCGUCAACCAAGGCAGGCACUGUGGAAUCCUUGGCGGCGACGUUGCAUGUGAAGGGGAGAUCAAAGGGAAUCAGCCCUCUAUUUAGCCAAUCUAGAAGCUCUCUAGAUGUCAAAAGGCUUGCUGUACUGAGCGUCUUUCCCUGCAAAUAUUUUAGAGAUGGUUGGGACAGUCAUGCUGAGAUUCCAUGUUAUUCGAAGGCGCGAAAGCGAUCUGAGCGAGCGCGUAGACCCUCCCAGCAAACUAAAGAAUUAUACACCGGAGGAGCCGAGGAUUACUCCAGUUAUUACGCUCCUCCGAUACCUGAACUACCAGGUGCUCCUAAGCCUCCGAGAACGAAAGCUGAUUUCAGCGACGCAUGUUCUGGAUGGGUGAUAACCUACGAGAUCUUCUCUAUAGAAACUACUGAGUCCAGCCGCCUACUUUUCAUGGAAGCACCUGUGGAUGCUCUUCCUGUUGAGAUAUGCCUCAGACAGAGCCUACUGGUUGACAAUGAGGACUGGAUCUGCACUUUCGCCCUAUCGAUAGGGCCGAACUUAGACAGAUUCACGGUGUUGAAUAUGUUAUUUGAUGUGAAAUCUGACCAAACUUACCAUUCCAGAGCAAUAGAUUGGCCUCAGACAUAUCGACCCUUAAAUUGGAGCACAUCCAAAAAGAUAAAUUCUAAUGGUCACUUUGGGGUGAAUACCUACAAUUAUCAUUUCUUAUGGAGCUGGGAUGGGCGAUAUCUUUUGUUUCGCGAUCGCAACCUCAUAGCAACGAAAUGGGUUCAGCAUGGGACUAGCAUCGCCUUAUUCUCCAUCCAAGAGCCAGCCUUGGGAGAAGAGGCUAUCAAAUUGGUAAACUGUUUCUCUACCGAUUCUUUUAGCACUGGGAUACAUGCUUGUCACUUUCACCCAACCCGAGAUCUUCUUUUAUUGAGAGACGACAAAAACUUUUACUUAUGGAAGUUCCUAGAUGAGCCUUCUGUUCUCCAGCUUGCUGAUACUCAGACUCGUCAAGGGGUUGGAAUUGAAGGCAUCUCGUUUUCUAGCUGUGGAAAGUACAUUGCCAUCUCCUACAGAGGCCAGCCAUGGCCAAAACUAUAUCCUUUGACAACCUUCCUAGGAGUAGAUGAAAACAUUGAGAGUUGUCAUGAGACGAUAGAGACAUCAGCGGGCAUAACUGAGGACUCGGCGGCUCAUCCAUCAGCCGCCUCGGGCGAAGUUGCCGCCCGAAAUAAGGAGACAGAACUUACAACGAACCCCAUCAUCAGUCGGGCCACUUCAUCUUCGGUUGUGGUUAAAAAGGGCAACGGAAAUGAGUUUAACAUGACGCGCCUGGAUGUGACUCCGAAGGAGAUCCAAAUUCGCCAAAAGGAUGAAAGACAAGACACUUCCACAUCUUUAAUCAAGCUACCCCAGUCUAUUUCAACCAAAAAUAUCACCGCCGAGGUGACUGCGCCCGUUCCCGAAGAAAACCCUAAAUUUCAGGUCAUUCUCAAUGCUGGACCGGCAAAAGUAUUUCUAAGCAGCGAUGGCGAUGCCGCUGCAACACAUCUGCCUCUGGUUGUUCGGAAAGACCCUCGAGCAUUAAGACCACAACAAUCAGAUCAAAUCACGGGGAGGGGUGCGAAGAUCUCGCAUACUGAUAGAAAUGCCGAUGCUGUUCCGGCGCAGUUGACAGAAGCUGCUGAUAUUGCUUCAUCGGAACCAGCAGCUGAGAAGCCACUUGAGGCGCAGUCACCGCAGGCGGCAAUUACGAAACUCAAGCCUGAAAAGAAAAAGGGGAAGCUCACAAGUUGGAUUUCAAAACAGAUGAAGAAGUGA